AUGUUUGAUGGGCCAUCCGGAGGAGACCGUGCAGAGGUAAAGUUCAAUUUGAAAGAAGGAUUUGGUAAGGACCGUGUUUCUAUAUCCGACCUACGCAACAUUAGCCUUGCCGUCCUGCUAUCGUCCGAAGACUCAAUCGGGAUCAGGUGUCGGCGGAUUGGGGGACCGUGUUUGAAGGAGGAUUCAAAGUUCAAGUUCAGUGACUUGAACAAAUGGCUUAGCCCUCCUAAGCACCGGUGGGUCAAAGAUAGUGGUGAGAUUGUUUGGAAGGGAGAACUUGAACUGGAAAAAUGGCUCUAUCAGGACCAGGAGCACUAUUGA